AAUCGGUAUUUUACUGUGCCCAGCUUUAAGUUUGUAAAUGUAAAUAAAACCGGAUAAAAUAAAUACGUAGUGGCCACGACAACACACAAAGAGGUCUGCCUGGCAUCAAACCGGUCAGUUUUCCUCAUCGUAAUCAUACCGUCGCGAACCUGCAGCGUUCGUGGUUGCGUUACCGCUGACAAAUCGUGUUUUGUUUUAAUUAACUCUAAAAUAAACAAAUUUAAUGUUAAUUAGUGUGUGUUAGCAAAAAAAUACUCACAAUGAAGGUGCUCGUGCUGAGUUUUGUGUUGUUUUUAAUCACAGUGUGUUGCGGACAGUCUGUGGGUAAUUCCACAAUUCCGACUUUGCACAAUGGACUCACGGAAAAAAUCGGCAAUUUUUCCCUCGAACUCUUAUAUCACACGUCGAAAGCGCAACCGAAGGAGAAAAAUCUGAUUAUAUCUCCUAUAACUGUAUGGACCAUUUUAGCAGUCGUGGCGGAAGGCGCCGUUGGAAACACGCUAGCCCAGAUAAACAACGCUAUUCGUCUUACGAGAAGGACACAAGACACUACCAAAAUGGAGUACAUAGAUUUAGCUAAGUGGUUACAAGUCAAAACAGCUACCAUUGAUCUUGCAAAGGUGAAUGCCAUGUUCAUUGAUCAGCAACGCCUUCCCGAACAAGACUUCAGAGAUCUAGCCAAAAAUUUCUACGACACCAACUUGGUUGCGCUAGAUUUCAGCAAAGCUGAAUUAGCAGCUGACAGCCUAAACAAGGCUAUUGAAACUGCAACGCGCGGUAGGAUACCUAAAUUAGUGUCGCCUGAACUAUUUUCAAACUCCAUAAUGGUGUUGACGAGCGCCCUGUACUUCAAAGGACAAUGGACCGUGCCGUUUAAUUCAUCAAGCACGUCAAAAAUGCCGUUCUACAGCAGCGAUGGAAAGAAAAUUGGUGAAGUCAACAUGAUGUAUAAUAGACAUACAUAUCCGUUUGCCAACCUCAAGGAUCUUCAAGCUCGCGUUAUUGAGUUGCCGUACGGUCAAGAGAAUCGUCUGUCUAUGCUUGUCAUGGUCCCUCAUCCCGGAGUAUCACUAGAAAACAUGUUCUUCAACUUCAAGAAUGUAACGUUAGACAAAGUUUUCACGGAACUAAGGAUUGCAAGAGAAGAUUACGGUGAAGACGAGGUGGACUGUUUCCUACCUCGUUUCAAGAUUGAAUCGACUAUUGAUAUGACAGAGACCUUGAGGAGACAAUUUGGUAUUACUGAUUUGUUUGACUCGGAGCAAGCCAGGUUAUCUAAAAUAGCAAGAACCCCUCUGUACGUGUCGAAAAUGGUACACAAGGCAGAAAUAGAAGUGACGGAGGUGGGAACUGUCGCGACUGGUGUGACUGCAGCAGAAUUCAGUAAUCGCUUUGGUGUCAUCCGUUUUGAAGCAAACCGGCCUUUCACUUACAUGAUUGUUGAGAGGGUGACAAACUCUAUUGUCUUCGGUGGAUUUUACCAAGAACCAUCUUUGUACUGAUUUUAAAUAAUGUUAUCUACAUCCUUUAUUUGUGGAGAUUACUCAUUAUUUUUAAACUAGACCAUAAAAAAUGUCACAACCACAACUUAGGGAUAAAAAUACAUUCCGUUCCGUCUGUGAUGAGAAUCCAUCCUUAUUAGCAAUUAAAAUUUUAUAAACAGAUUUAUUUAAUGUUUUCAAAUCAAAUGUCUCAAUGAAAUUGAGGUUUUCAAUUUGGAUUCUUGAAAAUAAUUUAAUUUUAAUAUGAAGAAAUGUAUCUGAUGAACUACUCACUAACAUUAUUUAUAUUUGACCAGCAAAAUGAUAUUUUUAAUUUUAUCUGUCAUUAGAGAAUUACCAACCACCUUCUGAUAGAUCAUUUUGUAAGUAAUGGGUAUCUAACAACCAGAACAAUUAGGACAAAAUGUUUGUUUCAAAGCGGAAACUAAGCAUGUAACAGUACACUACAAAAUCAGACUUUACUCAAAGUGCCUAGAGGUCACAAAUUAAAAAUCAGCUGGUAUUGUCACAAAAAAAUUGUCACAACUUUUUGGCUGAGAACAGUUUAUAAUUUAAAAUGAGAUUGUUAUCUAUGAGAUCUUUAUGUUCCUUAUAAAAACAUGACAAUAUUUAUUUCACGGUCACUCAGAUCAUCACAUAGCUUUAUUUUAACCUUGUCUGUUGACACUGUAAUGAGACGCCUGUGUUCAUUCAUAUCAAAAAAGAUCAGAGGUCGCACGGUAUUUGUACAUAAAUAAGAAUAUUAUUUCCUGAAAUAGCAUGUAAUGGCUUGCAAUAAGAUGUAUUUUCGUAUGUUUUGUAGCAAAAAAUAGAUUGUUUAACUCUAAGAUAUUGUUUUGAUUUAAUAAUUAUGGACACAACUAAGAAUCUGUUUAGUAAUAAUUGUAAUAUAUUUAUUUAUUCCCUGAAUCUCAAUUGGAUCUGUUAACCGACUUCAAACAGUAGGAGUUUUUUCAAUGCAUAUUUUUGUCAUUUAGAUUAAUCAAGGAAGUCUCAAAAAAUUAUGUUACAGUGGGCCACAGUUCCUUCCCGUUUUUUCUCUCGCUCUCAUCGAAUGGUGAUUCUUUGCGAUAGAACGAGACGACAUGACCGGAACUGUGGCCAAAUAGUACAGUCAGCGUCAAAUAGUUCGUGACACCCAAAGUGGCCAAAAAGUUGAUAAAACAACCUUAUUCCAUUGUAACAAAGACGUGUUGCCAACUUAUUGGCUACUUUCGGUGCCACGAACUAUUUGACGCUGACUACUAUCUUAAUUACUACCUAUUUUAAUUAGUGUAAAUAUUAACAAUGACCAUUCACAAAUAAAUUGUGUCUAUAAUUUUACCAUAUUGAAACGAUUUAUAGAAUUUUUAUCAAUAUUUAUGCAGUACCAAUAAGAUCAAUAUUUGCAUUUAUUAAAAUGUUGUGGUCAUUAUAAAACUAGUUUGUCUCAACAAAUACUUAAUAUAAUACCUAUGGCCGAUUGGUUUUUACACAUUUCAUAAUGGUGACCUUGUCUCUAAACGUAACACAGGCGCGACAAGCUAAGUGGCAUCUUAAAUUGCUGUAAUAAAAGCGAUUUUUCAACAAAAAUGUGUGUCACUUGCACGUAAAAUUAAUAAUAUCGUGUCACGUCACGUCUUUUAGUAUAAAAUUACGACGUUAGUUUAAAAUACUCUGAUUUUGUAAAAUAAAUGUCUUAGAAUUAAUACACAUAUAUACUUACUAAUAUUAUAAAGCUGAAGAGUUGUUCGUUUGCUAGCUUGAACAUGCUAAUCUUAGGGACUACGAGUAAUAGUCCGAUUUGAAUAAAAUAUUUUUGUGUAGGAUAGCCCAUUUAUCGAGGAAGGUUUUAGGCUUUAACAUCAUUACAGUCAAUAAGCGUGGACAAGAAAAAUCCUGUAAAAACGGGAAAUAUUCAAACUAUUUUCACGCAAAAGUACGAAGUCGCGGGCACGUCUAGUUAAAUUACAGUUAUUUUCCGAAGCCAAAUAAGGCAUUGCAAAACUAGGAAGCAACUAAUUAUGCUUGUAGUAGUUAAAUAUUGUUAUUUUCCUCCUAACUUGGUUUUUCUACGAAUUUCAACGUGAUUGCUUGUUAGUUUCGCGCCAAUUUUAAUUUAAUAUGCCCUAUGAAAUAAAUACUCAUGUUUUUGAAGAUGUCGUUUUAUGGUCACCGUAUGUUCUUUUAGUUCUAUAAUUCUUAACUCUUGCGUUUUUGCUACAAAAGUGAAUUUUUAAUAAGUACUUAGCUGACGACGCUGACUAUUUUAGAGAAUGUACAUUAUUUUAAAAGUAACAUGUAAGUAAUCAAUGUAAGAAUGUUGUGAUUUUAUAUUUGUGUGAUAAAAAGUGCCUUUAAUUAAUAAAAUAUAAUGUUUAAAAUA